CUUUGGCCCACCCACCUGUUCUGUUUCUGCCCGCCCCAGCCGGAAGCUUCAUCCAAGGACUGUGCACAGUUCCUACAGGUGCUUUCCUAGCCUGGAUCCUCCUCUCCAGGUACUCCUCUGAUUGAGGUGGUCCACCUGCAAUAAUCUCCAGUCCUAGCUGUUCCUCUGACAGGUACUUCCCCAAGUACUCCUCAGAUUUGGGUGUUUCUCCUCCAGACAUUCCUCUGACUCAGCUGCUCCUCCUACAGGACUCUGUGCUCCAGGGCUGCCUGGCAUCUGGGGGGUCUCCUUGGAGCUACGGCUCUUCUGGCAGAAGCUGAGGCUCACCGGUGUCUCCAGGCCCCUUCAUGAGUGAGGCAAACCAAACCACUGUGGGGCCCUCAGAGCUCUCCACGGCAUCAGCCACCUCCCCUGGGCUGGGCACUGGGGCCCGGGCAUGGCCUGUGCUGGUGGGCGUCGUGCUGGGGGCUGUGGUCCUCUCUCUCCUCAUCGCGCUUGCUGCCAAGUGCCACCUCUGCCGCAAAUACCGUGCCAGCUACCAGCACCGCCCGCUGCCCGGGACCGGAAAGGGUGUCUGUCCGGAGGUGGGUGAAGAAGAUGACGAUGGCUUCAUCGAGGACAAUUACAUUCAGCCUGGGGCCGGCGGGCUGGGGACAGAGGGCGGCAGGGACCACUUUUCCUUCUGAGCCCCCAUCUUUGGUCACCCCCCACCCAUACCUGACAGCUGAAGGAUAGUGGAUACCACAAGGGGACCGUGAGCCUCAGGGACGGAGGUGUCUAGGGCGUAAGGGCUCACCAGGGGUAGAGCAGUCCUCCCUUCCCUGACACUGCCGCUGCUCGAGUGACAAACUUUCUCUUGCUCAAUCACCCUCGAUGACUCCCUGCUGUUCUCAGGACAGCUACCAAGGGCCCGGCUAGGGAAAUAAGGCCUCUGUCAGCCUCUUGGUUCCCUUUCUUGCCUUUCCCGACACCACUCCCUACUAAAGUAAUUAUUUGCUUUUCCUUCUCUCCUACAUGGUGUUUCUCCAUGCACUUUUUGGUCACACUCUCUCCCCGGCCUAUACUGCCCUUCUGUUCUUGCCAAUCCUCCAUGACUGUGAUGAAAGUCCCUGGUCCAUCGACUCCCUGUAGCCCGUCUACCUGCCAGCAUUUCAAAUGAGCCCGAUGAGAACAUUUUAGCAGGUGCCAAGUAGUGUGCCAACUUUCUUGUUGAAAAUUUUCCCUAUCAAUAAAGUGAGUCAUCUAAACGGUUACAGUAUAUUACACUUCCCACGGGUAUUAAUAAAUCUAUUUUCAUUUUAAACAAAAGUAAAAAGGAGUCCCUGCUUCUCAGUUUUCCUGAGUUGGAACCUGUGCAUAAAAGCAUUCCUUCUCAUAGCUGGAUAGAACUGCUCGGAUGUCCCCUCCUCCGGGGGACGCCUUUUGUGAGCCCCUCCGUCUCAUAACACCCCGUGAGUUUCUCUACUAUUCUCUUGUCAUGGUUUAUAUUAUUUUAUUUUAUUUUAUAUUACAUUUUAUUAUAUUAUAUUUUAUUUUAUUUUAUCUUUUUUAUUUAUUAUUCUUUUUGCCACGGUUUAUUUUAAUCUGUAUUGCAAUUUGCACCUACCCCUUACCAUGCCCGUCCCCACAGUUAGACUGUGACCUCUCUGAAGACACAGGCUGUGCCUCAUUCUGUGUUCUCAUUCUUGCACAUGGCAAGAAUGCUAAAUAAGUAUUGGUCAAGUUUGUUUAAUUACUGCAGGCUGAGGAAUGAGUAGAUGAAAGGUGAGGGAGUGAGGCGACCGUGGAAGACUUGGUCAAGAAUGGAUGAAGAGGAGGAGGGCCGGGUCAUCCUUGCUGUUGGGGAGAUUGGGACGAGGGAGGCAGCUUUGUGUUUUUUUGUUUUGUUUGUGUGUGAUUCAACAGUUCCAUACAUUAGUCAGUGUUCAUGUACUGAUAGUUGUAUCCUAAUCCCCGUCCCCUAUUUCACACACUCCCCACCCACCUCCCCUCUGGCAACCAUCUGUUCUCCGUAGUUAAAAGUCUGUUCCUGGGUUUCCUUUUUUUCCCCCUUUGUUCAUUUUUCUCUUAAAUUCCACAUAUGAGUGAAAGCACAUGCUAU